AAAAUGGGUGUUCUCAGAAUUCGUAAGCAAAUAAUGUGGUCAGAUUUGCCUGAACAUUUGAUGGAGAGAAUACUAGAAUUCCUUCCAGUGGACUGCUUCUUCCGUUUCAGGGCUGUUUGCAAGACCUGGAAUACUCUCUUCUCAUCCCAACAUUUCAAUUCCAUAGCAAGAAAUAGCCACCCAUUUCUCAUUCUUUGCCCCUCCAACACCCAACUGCCCUCUCUAAUCUAUUCCUUCUUCACCCACACUUGGCGAACCAUUUCUUUAUCUUUCAUACCUCAUGAGCUCCACUGCCCCAUCAAUUUCAGAGGAUCUGCUUCUGGGCAGCUCUUAGCAGACAUUAGCGCCAAUUUCUGGUUUGGUUAUAAUUCUCCAACGCUGUUUGUUUGCAAUCCUCUUACCCAAACGUGCUCGGUACUACCAGAAAUGGCUUCUGUGAGUAGAAUUAUGGGCAAGGCAAUUUUACCCGUAGGGAAUAAGAUGGACGAAUAUACAGUCAUGGUGGUGGGCAUGAGCAGCACUGGUACAGUUGUAGUAGAAGCAUAUAAUUCGACUACCAAGGCUUGGAAAGUUGCAGACACCAUUCCAGAUGUGGUUAUAAGAAACGAAAAUGUUUUCUUCUUCAAGGGCUCUCUGUUCGGUAUGACCGCCAGUGGUGGCAUAAUGGCCUACAAUAUUGAACAGGGGAACACUACAAUUAUGGCCAUGCCCACAGCAGAUACCCACAAUUUGUGGGCUCGGCUUGUUUGUUGUAAGAGUGGUGUGUUUGUGGUUGGGGCAAUCGAAGAAAAUUAUUGUUUGCAAGGUGUUUUUAUGUGGAAGUUAGUUUUUGAGAAGAUGGGGGAGGAGGAUUAUAAGUGGGAAGAGAUUGGGAAGAUGCCCAGUUCCGUGUGUGAAGAAUUCAGGAAGAGCUCGAAUUCGAAUUGGUUUGAAUGCGUGGGAGUGGGCGAUAAGAUCUGUUUCAGAGCCCACGAAAGCAUGGAGAUACUUGUUUAUGAUGUGAGCAAAAGCUCUUGGAAUUGGCUGCCCAUGUUUCCUGCAGAUUUGAGAUAUGUGAGUAUGAGAUGCCUUCCACUGGAAAUUAUGCCCACUACUAAAUUCUCUUAAUUUUGGUUGUGAAUUUGCGGCGGUGCAGCUCGUCUGAAGAAUCAAAAUUGGUAUAAAAGUAACGAGCCCAAGGGCAUAUGGUACUAAUUGCAGAAAGGAGGUGGACGUAUAGAAUUGUUCACAGCAAAUCCUUAGAAAUUUAUUCUUUGAUUCUUUAUUUUUUAUAUAAAUAGCGCUCUAGUCAAUCAUAUAUGGGACUAAGUGCGGGAAGGAGGUGGAAAUAUAGACUUGUGUAUUGCAAAUCCUUCCAAAUUUAUUCUGUAAUUUUUUAUUCUUUGAUCCGUGGGUUGAAGGUCAUUGAAGCCUCAAUUUAAAAAUGUAUAAGAUUUAUUCACUUCAAUAAA